GUGCCGCCGCCGCAUCGGUCUUGCGACAGCGGCCGCCGCGUUGGAAGCGCUAUCAUCUCGUUGCUUCUGGAACUGGCUGUGCCGCAGCCAGCGAAACAGACGACGGCUAUGCGCUCCAGUCUGACACUCCGACAAAAGCCGGAGGCACGGGCACUGCGCCGCAGCCAGUGCAGCUCCUACUAGCAGCCUUGGUGGGCUGUGAGCAGGCGACGGCGCAUUUUCUCGCCACGAAGCUACGGCUGCCGCCUAUUCGGCGGAUAGAGCUCCCCAGCCAAACAGUCUGGACUGUGCAGCUUUGA